UGGUAAUCUGCUGACGGUGAAAUCCUGUGAGGAGUUGGUGACUGUUCUGCGAGUCAAUCCCCAGUUCACCAGCCUGGAGCUGGGGAAUAACAGCGAGCUGGGCGAUUCUGGGCUGGAAAUGCUCUGCACCCAACUGCAGGAGACAGCAUCUCACCUGGAGAAACUGGGGUUGAGCAACAUCAGACUGACGAGCGCCUCAGGACCCAUUCUGGCUCGUGCGGUAAGAGGCAGCUGGACCCUGACUCACCUGGACCUGAACGACAAUUCCCUCAACGACGCUGGGCUUUCUCCACUCUGCCGAGUCCUGGAGGAUCACAGGUGCCGGAUCGAGAGCCUCAAGCUGGAAUCGAACGACCUGACCCAGGGAUGUUGUGAUGAUCUCGCUUCUGCUCUAGCCCAGAACCAGACCCUGAAGGAACUGAACCUGAGCUUUAACCCUCUGGAGGACGUGGGGGUGGAGAAGCUCCUGAAAAAGAUGGGCAGUCGCAGCUGUAAACUGCACACCCUCAGGCUGAGCAGCACAACGCUAACGGAACGUUCCGGAAUGGCCCUGGGAGCGGCUCUCCGGGACAACCCCGCUCUGAGGAACCUGGACCUCAGCAGCAACGAGCUGAAGGAUGAAGGAGCCCGGCUGAUCUUCCAGGCGCUGGAGGAGACGCACAGCCAGAUUGAGAAGCUCUGGCUGCAGGACAUCUCGCUCACACACGUCUCCUGUGAGGCGCUGGGUUCCUUUCUCCGCUCAAGCAAGGACCUGACCACCCUCCACCUGAAGGAGAAUCCGAUUGGGGACCAGGGGUUGAGCCUCCUUUCUGCUGGCCUGGGGCGCUCUGCCUGUCAGCUACAGACUCUGAGGUUGGACACAGCAGCGCUGGGAGACGUGGGCGUGCAGGACCUGAUCAGGGUGCUCGUCGGCAGGCGUUCCAUCACCGAGCUAACCCUCCCCUACAACUCCAUCAGCGACGCCUCGAUCAAUGCCCUCAGCCACUUGGUCAAGACCAGCCCCAGCCUGAAGGAGAUCAGAUUGAGAAGGAAUAAGUUCUCCCCCGAGGGAUGUCACCAACUGAAGAGGCUGGCCAGAGCUGGGCUGAUCUUAUCAGUGGGAGACUGAUCCUCUACAUCGAGAAGCUUUCACAUGGUCUCGGGAGGCUGCACACAGUGACUGCUGUACAAGAGCACAGGAAGAGUUAACGUGGGACUGAGUCCAGUACCAGCCACACUGAGAACACUGUGACUGGAUCCGAAUCAGUCUUGUACUGGACAGAGACUUGUGCGUGAACAAGCACGGAGACAGCCCCUAACUUAGAUCUUACACUGUACACAUGUAAAUAGUUACAAACAGGUCAUAAAUAUA